CCCCCAUAAAUCGCAGCGCGGGGGCAGAGCGAAACAGGUUUAGUGCUCUGCAUCUGCACCGUGACACCCUCAGAAAUCGCCAAAAUGAAGCUCGAUCUCUCCGUCUACCUGGUGACAGACUCGACGCCUGCCAUCCUCCGGGAUCGCGAUCUGUGCGCCGUGGUGGAAGAGGCUCUCAAGGGCGGUGUAACCGUUGUCCAGUACCGGGACAAGAAGAGUGAUACGGGCGCUCAGAUUGAGAUUGCCCGUAGGCUUCAUCAAAUCACACAGGCGUAUGGGGUGCCGUUGAUUAUCAAUGACCGUGUCGAUGUUGCGCUGGCGGUUGGCGCCGAGGGUGUGCAUCUCGGGCAGGAUGAUAUGUUGAUUUCUGAAGCGAAGAAGCUCCUGCCAAAGGAUGCCAUCAUCGGGAUCAGCGCUUCGUCCAUUGAAGAGGCCCAGGCCGCCGUUGCAGCUGGCGCGGACUAUCUUGGGAUAGGAACCAUGUUUGCGACGCCUACGAAAACCAACACCAAGUCGAUCAUCGGCACCGCCGGCACACAGGCUAUCCUCGAAGCCAUUGCCGAUUCAGGCAACUCAGUGGGAACGGUGUGCAUUGGCGGAAUCAACGCCUCCAACGUCCAACGCGUUCUGUAUCAGUCGGAGUCCCCCCGUAAGCGCCUGGACGGUGCUGCAAUCGUCAGUGCGAUCAUGGCGGCCGAAGACCCGAAAGCCGCCGCGGCGAACCUCGCUCAACUCAUCGCCACUCCUCCGCCCUUCGUCCGGAACCUGGACGCCAGCGCUUCCUCUGAUACAGCCACGCUGGUCGAGAGCGUACCUGGUAUCGUGCAGAAACUGGUCCAGGUCCACCCGCUUGUGCACAAUAUGAUCAACUUUGUUGUUGCGAACUUUGUUGCAAACGUCACCCUUGCCAUCGGCGCAUCCCCAAUCAUGUCUCCUUACGGUGACGAAGCAAAAGACCUCUGCCAAUUCGACGGCGCCCUGGUAAUAAACAUGGGCACGCUGACCGCACAGAGCCCGCCGGAGUACCUCAAAGCGAUCCAAGCCUACAACCAGCGCGGGAACCCCGUGGUCUACGACCCCGUCGGUGCUGGUGCAACGGGAAUCCGACGCGGCGUCGUCAAGCAGCUCAUGGCGGGCGGAUACUUUGACCUCAUCAAGGGCAACGAGGGAGAGAUCCGGCAGGUUGCGGGGAGUAGUUCGGUGCAGCAGCGUGGUGUCGACAGUGGGCCCAGUGCGCUGGAUGCAAAGGCUAAAGCGAGGCUGGCGAGGGAUCUUGCGCGGAGGGAGCGAAACAUCGUCCUACUCACAGGCGCGGUCGACUACCUUAGCGACGGCAACCGCGUCGUCGCCGUCGAAAACGGCCACAAGUUCCUUGGCCAGGUUACCGGGACCGGCUGCGCCCUAGGCACCGUAUCAGGCUGCUUCCUCGCAACGCACCCAACCGACAAAUUCCUCGCCGUCCUCUCCGCACUACUCAUGUACGAGAUCGCGGCUGAAAACGCAGCGGCCAAGGAAUAUGUCCGCGGCCCGGGAAGCUUUGCGACUGCCUUCAUCGACGAGCUCUAUGCUAUCCGCGAGGCGGCGUUGAAGGGCAAUGAUGGGUGGUUUGUUGGACGGGCGAAGGUUUCGGAGGUUUCGCUGGAGUAAGAGGUAGCCAUAGAGGUGUGAUUAUGUUGGUGGCGGGGUUGUUUGGAUGGUGGAAAGGGUCAUGAGGCUCUCCUUCUAUAGGAAAGGUCUGUAUAUAGCCCGUUGACCCCUUUUUGGUUGUCGGGAGCACCCUAGUACUCGAAGCCGUAUGUUCGUGGCUGUGAUUACCUCUUAUUAGCAUAGAACUGCGGUCAAAAAUCGAUAGUUGAUUCUGCUAUGGCUUGAUUGAUCAAAACGUAGCGUACCGCAGACGCAACGUCCCAGCGUGGAUAUCCCCUCACAGUAUAUGCACAAUCUGCC